CCCAAGCAUUUCUGCCUCAUGUUGAUGUUUGUAGAUUUAUCAGUUUUACCGUCUUAAAUGUAUCAACUGGAUAAUACUGCAUGCGUGACCCAAUAUUUUUUUUAAUCGUGAUACUAUAUAUAUAAACACAAAAUGGCGAAUACCAAUGUGAUGGACUUGUUUGAAAAAGGCAAAGUACUAAAAAUAUGUGCUCCAAUGGUCCGGUAUUCAAAGUUGGCAUUCAGGUCUCUGGUGAGGAAAUAUGACUGUGACAUUUGCUUCACUCCAAUGAUAGUUUCUGCGGACUUCCUGAGAUCCAUCAAGGCCAGAGACAGUGAAUUUACAACAAGUGAAUGUAAAUUAAACGUUAAGUUGCAGUACUGCAAAAUAAGCAAUGUUGCACGAUGUGUCGCUUCUUACCUAACUACACAAGUCAUAAGCUUUCCUGUCCCAAAUCUACCUUGCCCCUUAAUUAUCUUACCAGCCGACCGCCCACUGAUUGUGCAGUUUGCUGCCAGCGAUGCCCAAACGUUGGCGGAUGCAGCCUGUGCGGUAGCACCCUUCUCUGACGGAGUGGAUCUCAAUUGUGGCUGUCCCCAGAGGUGGGCCAUGGCAGAGGGUUAUGGGGCGUGCUUGAUAAAUAAACCUGAACUUGUCAAGGACAUGGUUCACCACGUCAGAAAUCAAGUGGACAAUCCAAACUACACAGCGUCCAUCAAAAUAAGAAUCCAUAAGGACCUGAGGCAGACAGUGGAUCUGUGUCAGAAGGCAGAGGCGGCCGGCGUGUCCUGGAUCACGGUUCACGGUCGGACAGCAGACGAACGCCACCAGCCGGUCCAUUACGAAGCCAUCAGAACCAUCAAAGACAGCGUGUCUGUUCCCGUCAUCGCCAACGGAGACAUCAAGUACCUCAGGGAUGUGGAGUCCACCCACAAGCUCACUGGUGUCGACGGUGUGAUGGCUGCACGAGGGCUUUUGGCCAACCCAGCCAUGUUCGCAGGGUACGAGGAGACUCCCCUGGAGUGUGUGUGGAACUGGGUGGACAUGGCCUUAAAACAGGGAACACCCUUUACCUGCUUUCACCACCACCUCAUCUACAUGCUGGAGCGGGUGAGCUCUCAACCAGAGAGGAAGGUCUUCAACUCCCUGGCCAGCACUUCUGCUGUCAUAGACUACAUCCACAACACAUACAGCAAAGUGCCGUCAUGAGUGCAAACAAGACAUGUAUUGUGCUUUCUGUUUUAUACUUUUGUAUAAGAUGAUGUACUUUCAGACUAAUACUUAUGUGCUUUUCAAUUUAAUAAUUUAUUUAAUUUUCAGUAAAAUUAUUAUUAAUUUUUUAUUGG